AUGUUUCCGCCUACUCUCUUGAUUAUUUUGAAUCUGAUUUUAAUUGCACUUGCGUCCGGACUGAGCAAGAAAGCUGUUAUAGAUGACUGUCUUGCCGUGGCAAAGGUUCCAUACAACACGCAGAAUUCAUCUCAGUGGAUGGCCGAUGCCACUCCAUUCAACGUUCGAAUACCCUACGUACCCGCUUCGAUUGCCGUUCCUCUUACAACCAAACAUAUUCAAGCCGCGGUAAAAUGUGGGAGGGACAACGGAGUGAAGGUCACUCCGAAAUGUGGUGGCCAUAGCUAUGCCAACUUUGGCUUUGGUGGCGAAGACGGACAUUUGAUGCUUGAGCUUGAUCACAUGUACAAUGUUACCGUAGAUAACGCUACUGGUAUCGCCACUGUACAAGCAGGCAGUCGGCUGGGACACAUUGCAACUGAGUUGCAGAAGCAGGGUAAUAAGGCCUUCAGUCAUGGUACAUGUCCUGGUGUAGGGAUAGCUGGCCAUAUUCUCCACGGAGGAUACGGUAUGAGCUCUUUCACCAAAGGACUUGCCCUGGACUGGCUUGUCGGAGCAAAGGUUGUCCUUGCCAAUAGUACCGUUGUCACGGUUUCUGAUAAGGAGAACUCGGAUCUGUUUUGGGCGCUCAAAGGUGCCGGCAGUUCUCUGGGCGUCGUUUCAGAAUUCUAUAUUCAGACCUACAAUGCGCCCGAGCAGGUCACGAGCCUCACCGUAUCCCUUCCAUGGGAUAUUACACAGGCGAUCGACGGCUUUAAAAAGCUACAGACUUGGGCAGAUACCUCAAUGCCUAGGGAACUCAACCUGCGGCUCUCCAUCUCUUCGUUCGGCGCCAGCCUGGAAGGGAACUUCUAUGGCGACAAAGAAAGCCUGAAGACAGUUAUUGAGCCGCUGGUCCAUUUGUUGGGAGGGCGGUACACAUCGGAAACCACAGAUUGGCUAGGAAUUGGCUAG